AUGACGCAUUCGCACGAGUUUAAAAAGCUGGGCUUCAUCGGCCUCGGGGCUAUGGGAAAACCCAUGCUUUCUCAUCUUGCCAACAGAUUACCCGAGGAAUCGCGCAUUUGGGUCUAUGACGUGGUCGAACAGAUGGUAGACGAUGCGUGUGCAGAGUUUCCUGGUCGAGUCUUGAAAGCAAAAAGCGCCAAAGACGUGGCGCAACAAGUCGUGAGUCGAAACGCCAUCGUGCGAAAAUGGCAGCUAACGACGUGGCAGGACACAGUUGUGAGCAUGGUGCCCGAAGGUGCACAUGUACGAUCCGUAUAUCUCGACCCCCAAAACGGCGUAUGCAGCACCGACAUCUCGAACAAGCUGCUUAUUGACUGUUCGACAAUAGACACGGCAACCAGCCUCGCUGUGAAAGACCAUAUCGCCGCUGAGUUCCCCUCGGCAUCGUUUUAUGACUCCCCGGUGAGCGGCGGCGUUGUGGGAGCCAUCAAAGGCACGAUCGCAUUCUUCCUAGGUUGUGCAGAGUCGGACCCAAAUAUUGAGCGCCUCACGUAUCUGAUGAGGUUGAUGGGUGGGCAAGUGAUACCUUGCGGAGGUCCAUCCCUUGGGCUUGCAGCGAAGCUGUCGAAUAACUACCUAUCGGGUAUCAUUGCCAUAGCUUGCUCUGAGGCUUUCGACAUGGGAAUGCGCAGCGGAUUGGAUCCCCGAACUCUGGCCAAAGUGUACGCCGCUGGUACUGCCCAGAACACUAUUUGCGACAAGUUUUGCCCUGUCCCACAUGUAUACCCCGAAGCCCCGUCUUCAGGAGGCUGGAAGCAGGGUUUCAAAGUGCAGCUCAUGCGCAAAGACUUCGGUUUGGCCGUGGACAUGGCGAAACGAGUAGGGUCGAGAAACGUGCUGGGUGAUGUUGGACUACAGACAUACGAUGGGGCAGCCAACGAUCCGCGGUGUAGGGAUUUGGACUCGCGGGUGGUAUAUCGCUACCUCGGUGGCCAGGAAGACUGGCGAUCUAAAUCGAACGGCGCGUGA